AUGCACUCUUUUAGUGACGCACACGCACUGUUCGAUGAAAUUCCUCAACCGAACGUCGUUACUUGGAACACUAUGAUAUCUGGGUACGUCCACGCUAGCCAGUUUCGAAACGCUUUGUCGUUUUUCAUGCGCCUUGAUAGGUCCCAUGUUUGUGCCAACGCGUUUCCUUUCAUGUCAGUGUUGUUUGCUUGUUCCAAACUGAGUCUCUUUAAACUUGGAAGCUCAAUUCAUUGCAAGACCGUGAAACUGGGCAUGGAUGAUAGCACUGUGGUUGCAAACUGCUUGAUUGACCUGUAUGGGAAAUGCGGACCUAUGGAACAUGUUGUAAGGGUGUUCUUCGAGACUGUUGAGAAGGAUGUUAUAUCUUGGAAUUCAAUCAUAGCGGCACGUGCUAACAACGGGUACAUUGAACUUGCUUACAAGUUUUUGAACCUUAUGCCCAACCCUGAUACUGUUUCCUAUAAUGGCCUCAUAAAUGGAAUUGCUCGGGUGGGGAACAUGGAAGAUGUUGUUCAUGUUUUGUCAAGUCUGCCAAAUCCAAAUUCGUCUUCUUGGAAUUCGGUAAUUUCAGGAUUUGUUAAUAGGAAUCGAACUAGGGAAGCUUUGGAUAUGUUCUGUAAAAUGCACCUGAAAAAUGUAGAGAUGGAUGAGUUCACAUUUUCAACUAUUUUAGAUUGA